GUGGUGAUGGUGCACUAGUCUCAUGACGGGAAGAAGCAGUGCGGACAACACGAGAUUCCCCUAGCCAGCCCAGGGAGCACGCUCAAGUCAUACGAUCGGUGGACAGGCAUCUCUGCCGAGCAGAAACUGGAACCCAAGCAAAGCUCAGCGGCAUAUGGCAUGGUCACCACCCUGCUGGCCGCCCACAGUCCCUGCACAAGCCAAAUCGUAUAAGUGACGAUAGACACCCUUGUUAGUGCUUGCUGCCACCAUGGCCAAGGACAAGAAGAAGAGCGAGGGCAAGAAGGCCAAGGCGGCCGAGAAGAAGCUCAAGGCCGAGAAGAAAGGAGAGAAGAAGGCAAAGGUCAAGUCUGCCAAACUGGACGGGAGCGAUGCGGAAGACGUCGAUCUCGACGAUGUCCUCGCCGAGUAUCAGCGUCAGCAGGAGCAGUUUCUCAAGGUCACCGAGACCGUGAUCGACGCGCCACCAAAGCCGCGUUCUUCUUCCACCUUCCUCGCCUCGCCCUCCAAUACCAACCAGCUCCUGCUCUUUGGAGGCGAGAACUACAACGGCUCCGUCGCCCACUUCUACAACGACCUCAACGUCUACUACAUUGACCGUGAUGAGUGGCACUGUGUUACCUCUCCAAAUGCUCCGCUGCCUCGCUCUGGCCAUGCCUGGUGCAGGGGCGGCAACCAGAGCAAUGCCGUCUUCCUCUUUGGCGGCGAGUUCAGCAGUCCGAAGCAGGGCACCUUCUACCACUAUAACGACUUCUGGCGGCUGGACCCAAACGCGAGGGAAUGGACGCGCCUCGAAACAAAGGGGAAGACCCCACCGGCACGUAGUGGUCACCGCAUGACCUAUUACAAGAACUACAUCAUUUUGUUUGGAGGUUUCCAGGAUACGUCAAAUCAGACGAAAUAUCUGAGCGACCUUUGGCUAUACGAUACACAAAAUUUUGUAUGGUACAACCCCACGUUGCCGCCAGCACAGCUUAAGCCAGACGCCCGGUCGUCCUUUACAUUCUUGCCACAUGAUCACGGCGCAGUCUUGUUCGGCGGCUACUCUCGAGUGAAGGCCACUGUUUCUGCCAACAAGUCAGCCAAGGGCUCCUCUCAGGGCCAGCGCAACGUCUUGAAACCUCUCGUGCACCAAGACUGCUUCCUCCUGAGGAUUACCCAACCUCCAGCCGAUGCACCAGCCAAUACGCCGCCAACAGUCCGAUGGGAGAAACGUAAGAAGCCCGCCAACACUCCGAACCCAGCCAGAGCAGGCGCAACCAUGGCCUACCACCGCGGUCGUGGCCUGUUCUUUGGCGGUGUCCAUGACGUUGAAGAGAGCGAAGAAGGUAUGGACAGCGAGUUCUUCAACCAAAUGUUCGCUUGGAACAUUGAGCGGAACCGAUUCUUCCCGCUCGCGCUUCGCAAACCAAGGGUUCAGAAGAAAGCUGGGGCAAAUGAGCAGAGAUCCGGGAGGCGUGGCCGUGCGCAGGCGAAUGAGGAAGAACUGCUUAAACAGCUUGCCGCUUUGCAGGCUGGGACAUCUCUGGAAGAUGCGGAUGACAUCGAGCUCGAUAACAAGGCAGAACCUGAGGUGCCGGAAGUACCAGUGCGGGAGAUGCCAGUGUCCAUGGAGUAUCCCCACGUGCGAUUUAACGCCCAGCUCGCCGUGCAGGAAGAUGUGCUUUACAUCUAUGGUGGCACAUUCGAGAAAGACGAUCGCGAGUUUACAUUCGACGACUUGUACGCUAUCGAUCUGGGCAAGAUGGAUGGCUGCAAAGAGAUUUUCAACCGGGAGGUGGAGAACUGGAUUGAGUCCGAGGACGAAGAUGAUGACGACGACGAGGACGAUGACGAAGAGGAGGAAGAGGAGGAGGAGGAAGAUCAAGACAAUGACCUCCGUGCAAAGAUCACGUCUCCAAGCAAACGUGGCAAGAAACCUGCGGACGAAGUGUCUGUGGCCGACACUGCGUCGACGGAGGCAACCGUGGAGGAAGAUACAGAAGAGGCAGACAAUGCGGCUUCUCCGGUGGAUGAUGGCCUACCUCAUCCUCGGCCCUUCGAAUCACGCCGGGAGUUCUUCACUCGCACUUCAAACGAAUGGCAGGAAAUUUUGAUGACGAACUUGCGAUGGAAGUCGAUCCAGCCCGAGAGCCUGACUGUCAAGGAGAUCAAGACCAAGGCAUUCGAGCUCAGUGAGGAGAAAUGGUGGGAUAGCCGGGAGGAGAUACAGGCUCUCGAGGACGAGCAGGAGGCUGCAGGAAUUGGUGAGGUUGUGUCGCUUGCGGAUAAGACUGAUGCCGCUCCCGGUGGUGCUGGCCGUAGGCGAUAAGUAGGGUCUGUGAAAACAAGUUGUUGCCCGAAUUACAGCAUUUUUGGGCAACAAUAAAAGGAAUCUUGGCUUUGCCAAUCUGCAAGGAGGCAUCACUCACAAGUAAUGGGGUCUUUGCAGUUUGGCCGUUACUCCAGCCCAGGUAAUCUCGGGUUUCCACUUGGAAAACACAGGAUCUUCACUCUCAAAGUAUUUGAAUGCCCGAAUUGGAGCAGUUCAUGGCACCAAGCGC